CCAAAGAAAGGCAACACUAUAAACUAUAGACAGCCAUGGAUCGCCAAUGGCGCCGCCUUCACGCUACUGCUAGGACCAGCAAUAAGCUUCUUGCUCCGCCGCCGCCGCUAGGUGCCAUGGAGUACAGAGAGCUAAUCCAGGCGCUAGUCACACCAGCGAAAGCUGCUCCGGCCGUGCCGCCAUUCAUGGUGGACACCGUCGAGGAGAGCCCGGCCAUGGCUGCCGUCGGCGCCAGCUGCUACAACCUCAUCACGCCGGCGCAGGCGGCCUUCUACUACCGUGUCGGUGGGCGCAUGGGACCGGCGCCUUGCGUGAUGAAGCGCUACUACGGCCUGGCGGCGCCGGCAGCAGCGAUGGCGGCGAAGCUUUACCGCGGCGUGCGGCAGCGGCACUGGGGCAAGUGGGUGGCGGAGAUCCGGCUGCCGCGGAACCGAACUCGGCUGUGGCUCGGCACGUACGACACCGCCGAGGAGGCCGCGCUGGCCUACGACGGCGCCGCGUUCCGGCUGCGCGGCGAUGCGGCGCGCCUCAACUUCCCUGAGCUGCGGCGCGGCGGCCGGCACCUCGCGCCGCCGCUCCACCCGUCCGUCGACGCCAAGCUCCAGGCCGUGACGUCGUCCGCGCUGGCGCCGGCGCCCGCGUCGCCGCGACACGAGAGCGCGGACGUCAAGAACGAGCCAGGCUGCUGCUCUGGCUCGGAGGCCUCGACGACGACGACAGCCGCCGACGGCGCGGACCUCUCGCCAUCGUCCACCGGGUCGUCGCCACUGGCAAAGGCGGCGGCGCCUCUGCCGGAGAUGCAGCAGCUGGACUUCUCAGAGGCGCCUUGGGACGAGGCCGACGGCGUCGCACUCCGCAAGUACCCGUCGUUGGAGAUCGACUGGGACGCCAUCCUCUCCUAAGUCCUAAUUAAGGCGAAGUACAUGAACCAUAAACAAGAGCGCAACAAUGGCUGACUGGCUUCGAGAUGAUGCCAUGGCUGCGUUCGCGGUGGAGCUUAGAUUCCCUUGCACGAUCAGUGUGCCACCUGUCAAGGCCUCUGCUUGGUUUUUGUUCGCGGCGUCGAGCAGGAAGGAAUUGAGUUGGAGUGCGCUGCAGUUGCUGUCGCGCGCAAUGCCCUGCGCUAGUUUGUUAGCGUCGUUGUCAUCACAAAGAAAAAUGCUAUGCGCUGCUGCUGUAACCACAGAAAUAUACUUGUUAAUAUGAACGCCCAUGAAUGACAUUGGCUAGACAUGUAAUGGCUGUUUGUUUGUGUUCAGUUACUGGUUUGAGUAUCUUU